GGUGGGGAGGAGAGGGGAAGGAAGGGCGGUUUAGGGGUCAGAAACUUUAUUGUGAAAAUACAAAAAAAGAAAAAAUUUAGAGAGAAGAAGAGCAAGGAGAGCAAUUUCAGAGAAGCAGAGGGGGCUCUUUGUUACUCACUCUCUAUUUUUCCCCCCAAAUAUUUUUUUCUCACUUUCUCUUUCCCUCCUUCCGUUUUCCUUUUUUUCUCUCCCGCUCCAUUUUCAUUUUUCAUCUCUCUCGUGCUCUCUCUCUCUCUCUCUCCCUCUCUCUCUCUCUCUGGACCGCAAGUUUGAAAUCUUGGGUUUUGCUUCCAUACUUUUCAGUGUUGGCCUACUGGGCCUGUGGAGCUGUUUUGUUUUUCUGAACCUUCUGCUCAGGAAAAGUCAGAUUAUUUCUUGUCAGUUGUUCGGUGGACUUUUUUGUUCAUCUGAUGGUUGUUACUAAAUGGGUGAUAAUUUUGGAUGACAGGUGGCCUGUGGAGUCACAGGGAUAGAUUAGUCUUUUUAUAAGUGUUUAUGCUGGUAUUCAGCAAAUCUAGUUGGUGGUUUUGCUUCUAAAUCAUUGAUGGAGUGCAACAAAGAGGAGGCCAUGAGGGCAAUGCAACUUGCAGAAACAAAGAUGCAAAACAAAGAUUUUACAGGAGCAAUGAAGUUUGCUCAAAAGGCCCAACGGUUAUUUCCUGAGCUUGAUAAAAUUUCUCAUUUGCUUGCAGUCUGUGAAGUUCACUGUUCAGCAGAAAAGAAAAUGGGUGUGUCUGAAAUGGAUUGGUAUGGAGUUCUUCAGAUUGAACAAACGGUUGAUGAUGCAACCAUCAGAAAACAAUACAGAAAGCUUGCACUGUUACUUCAUCCUGAUAAAAAUAAGUUUGCUGGUGCAGAGGCUGCUUUUAAGUUGAUUGGUGAAGCAAACAGAGUACUAACUGAUCAUUCAAAACGUUCUAUAUAUGACAUGAAAUACAGAGGUUUAAUGCGAACUGCAGUCGUAAAUCCAUCACUCCAUCAAUCAAAUGGAAGCACAUCUGUUCAGAAUCAUUAUGGUACUGCAAACAAUCAACAUAAUAUUCCUCAUCCACAAUCAACCGGCUGGCAAUCAUAUCAGCAGACAACACUACUCACAUUUUGGACAUGUUGCCCAUAUUGUAAAAUAAGGUUCCAAUACUACAGAAACUUUGUCAAUAGAGUGUUAUCUUGUCAUAGUUGCUCCCAACAUUUUGUUGCUCAGGAUUUGGGUUCUCAAGGUGUGCCACCAAGAUCUUUCCAGAGUCAAUUUGACAACCAGAAAGAAGCUCAGAAUCAGGGGCCUCCAAAAGUAUCCUCACAUAAUAGUAAAGGAAACCAUUCUGGCACAAAAUUCCAGGACAGGUUUUCUAGCUUCCAUCCCGCAUCAAAGACAGGAAAUGCUGCUGAGCACAGUGGCCGUCCAAAGAUGGAAGGGAAGGAUAAACAGCAUGUAGAUGUUGGAGUGGGCAAGAAAGGUGCUGAAAUGCCCAAGUCUAAUCCUGCCAAGUCCAAGGAACCAGACACUUCGAAAAAUGCAAACAGAAAGAGGAGGAAGAAAGUUGUUGAAUCCAGUGAAAGUUGUGAGACUGGAAAUACUAAUGAUACUGAAGAUGUUACUCAAGAAAAUGUUAUUGAUUCUUCUACACCAUGUGAAGGCGAUAACCCUAGGAGAUCUUCAAGACAAAAGCAAAAUGUUUCAUACAGAGAAAACGUAAGUGAUGAUGAUAAAGAUUUUGCAAGUCGUCCUAAAAAGCCAAGAGAGACUAUAUCAUCCUGUGCUAGUGAUGAGAACAUGAAGAAGGCAUCUGUGCAUGGUGGGGUAGCCAAAGAUGAUGGGUCAGCUGCUGCUGCUUCUAUGGAUGGUCAUGAGAAAGAGGUCAAGCAUAAUUUGACUGUUCCAGUUGAAGAAAGUUUGCCAAGCAAAAUAAAGAAAACUUGUGAAUCUGAGGUUAAGGAAGAGGAAGCAGUUAUUUCAGAUCACCUCGACCAAAACUGCAAAGCUGAUGAUGGUGCUGAAGUAAAGUCAAGCCAUAUGUCCGGUCCACAGAUCCUUACAUAUCCUGACCCUGAAUUUAAUGAUUUUGAUAAAGAUAAGGCAGAAAACUGUUUUGCUAUUAAUCAGGUUUGGGCUAUUUAUGAUACAUUUGAUGGUAUGCCAAGAUUCUAUGCCCGUAUCAAGAAAGUUUUCUCUCCUGGGUUUAAGCUGCUGAUCUCUUGGUUUGAAGCCGACCCAGAUGACCAAAGUGAGAUUGAUUGGUGCGAUCAGGAUCUGCCAGUUGCAUGUGGCAAGUAUAGAAUUGGGGGUACUGAUGAAACUGAAGAUCGUCUAAUGUUUUCUCAUCGCAUGCAGUGUGUAAAAGGAAGAGGUAGAGGUACUUACAUGGUAUACCCUAGGAAGGGAGAAACUUGGGCCCUCUACCAAAAUUGGGAUAUUAGUUGGGUUUCUGAUCCCCAGAAGCAUAUGCCGUAUGAGUUUGAAUAUGUGGAAGUCCUGUCAGAUUUUGUUGAGGAUUCUGGCAUUACAGUUGCUUAUUUGAGCAAAGUUAAAGGGUUUGUCAGCCUGUUUCAGCUAAGUAAUCAGCAUGGAAUUAUGUCAUUUCAAGUUCCACCUAAUGAAUUGUAUAGAUUUUCUCAUCGAAUUCCAUCUUUUAAAAUGACUGGUGAUGAAAGAGAGGAUGUUCCCAGAGGAUCUUUUGAAUUAGAUCCUGCGGCAUUGUCCAACAAUCUCUCUAUGUUUGGUGAUCACAGCGAUGUGAAGAAGGAUAUUGGAAGCACGGCUACUGAAGCUGGUAAUUUUUGUCCCAACUCGUUGGAAAGUGAUGUGAAACCUGUAAUGGGAUCUGAGAGAAUUCCUGCAGCUAAGAAGCAUGAUAACAAGGAUUUGAAAAGAGAGAGUCCAAUUUCUAGAAGAUCUCCAGGGAAGCCAAAUAGCUCUAAAACAAAUUAUGGUAAAAUAGAUGCAAAUGAAGCUGUUGCUGCUGACAGUGUUAAGGACAUAAAACGUACCAGCCUAACUACAACUGUGGGAAGUGCUCCGCCAAGUCAGGUUGAUGAGAGGGUCAACACACCAAGGAAGCAGGGAAAGAAGAAUCAUGGAAGCGAGCCGUUUGAACUUAGAAGAUCACCAAGGGAUUUAAGCAAGAAACUUAGCCAGGAAAAUGCUGGUCAGUUUGCACCUGACUUGGUAACUACCAUGAAUUCAGAUUCUAACAAGGACGAGAGUAAUGGAUGCACUCGGUUUAAAGAAGAUACAACAUCUAGUUGUUCUGGUGGAAUGACAAAAUCAAGUCGUAAGAUGCACUCUAAGAGUCCCAGAAAAUGCCCUAUUACCCCUUCAUCUGCAUCACCUGUUUUCAAACCAUCAAAUGUUGAGGGGUUUGACAUUGAUCAUCCUAAGUCCAAGGAGAAGUUUCAGCUUGGUCAGAUAUGGGCAUUGUAUAGUGAUAGGGAUGGUAUGCCCAGGACUUAUGUUCAAGUGAAGAGGAUUCAAUCUGCCCCUGAUUUUCUUUUGCAUGUGGCAUUACUUGAACCUUGCUCACAGCCAAAGGACACAAGUCGGCCAGUUUCUUGUGGAACCUUUAUAGUAAAAGAUGGGGAAACCAAGGUCUUUCCAUGCAGUUCAUUUUCCCAUUGUUUGAGUGCCAAACACGUUGGUAAGAACAGAUACGAAAUUAAUCCUCAAAUUGGUGAAGUGUGGGCACUAUACAAGAACCAAAACCCUAUUUCAGCCUCUUCCAGCACAGGUGAGGCUGAAUUUGACAUAGUGGAGGUGCUGGAAGUUUCAGGCAAGAGCACAAAAGUUGUGGUUCUGUCACGAGUUGAUGGAUAUAAAUCCAUGUUCAAGGCUCCAAGGAUUCAGAGAUCUAAAACUGGCGUCAUUGAAAUACCCCGGUCUGAUGCAGCUAGGUUUUCCCAUAAGAUUCCUUCUUACAAGCAUACAGGGGAGAAUGAUAGUCGUCUUUUAGGCUAUUGGGAACUUGACCCACUAUCAAUCCACGGUAUCAUAGUUUGUUUGGAUUGAAUGUUGGCUAAUAUUUUUUAUCUAGCACUAGUGUAACCCAUAGCUCAUGCCAAAAAUUUGUGUUUAUCUAUCUGCUGGUAGGUAACCUGGGACAUCUGCCAAAAUUUUCAUGAAACAAAUGAAAGAAGAUUAGGAAUUGGCAAUGGUCAUUUUUUUC